UGUGACGUUUGACUGUCAAAUGUGUGUGAGCCAACCGCCCACUUAUGAUGCUGCGUGGUUUUGGGGUGACAGGCUUCCAUUAUGUCCAGUUACCCCAUGAUGAGGAAUGGACCUGAACAGCCCUUCUCUUGGAGCAGACAGCAGGGGAUUAAAGAGCCACACUGGCUAGACAGCUGCUCCAUGUACAAUAUUGUGAUAACUGAGGGGAGAUUAGGAUGUUGUGUUGCAUUUUGAGUUUCUAACGUCAUAGGAAUUAGAUCUAGUAUUUUAAGCCCCCAGACCCAACCUGAGUCUGAGACCUGAGCAAAGCCUCAGCACUUCAGGGAAGACCACCAACCAAGGCGCCGCCUAUUGGCCUCACCCCUUUGAUGAGCUGCCAUCGGGCCCAGUAACGUCAGCGUCAUAAACAGACCCCAGCGCUCACAGUGGUGCUGCUGCCUUCUAGGCGACGUUGAGAACCCGGCCCCUGACUCCUUCAGGGCCCCCUUUUUCCCCAUCGUGUGGUCUGGGUAGUAAGAGGUAGGCUGCUCACUUAUUCAGAAUAAACUCACAGCUGCUUAAAGAUUUUAAAAGUCCAUUUUUCUCAACAGAGGCAUAACUGAAUGAUAAAACCAGUUUUCUGUUUUCUUUUUUGCAGGGCUGAGACUUCAGAGACCUCCGGGACAUCUUUCAGUGCUCACUGAAACCUCCUACACCUGGUGAUGGCACAGAGGGACUGUUCUCUUAGGAAAGCAAAUGUAGAGCAGUUGGAUCUCAGCUCUCUUGAAGCUUCUGAUCUCGGACCUUAUUAAGCCCCUUCCUGAGGCCAAGGACAAAGCUCACUUGGACAAAUGGUUGUGAGUCAUGAAUGAAAUAUCUGGCUCUUUCCAUAAUGAGAAAGAGUUAAAAGACGGACCGGUUGAAAGAGUGUCUGCUGGGAACUCUCCACCAUAUGACAAGGAGAAUCAUGUUCUCCCCACUUUUAGAGGAAUUCCUAUCUCAGAGUUGAAGAACCACAGCAUCCUCUGGGCCCUGACGGCAGAAGCCAACGGAUGGGAGCCAGGCGUUGUAAGUACAGAAGUGCUCAGAGCCCAAGAAGAAUGGGAAACCGUAGACAGCAUCCAGCCAGAGACAGGGAGCCGGGCCAGUUCAGACCAGCCUGGGCAGCUAAUCUCCUUCAGUGAGGCCCUGCAGCAUUUCCAGACUGUAGACCUCUCCUCCUUCAAGAAAAGAAUUCAGCCAACUGUUCGAAGGACUGGGCUUGCUGCCCUCCGGCACCUCCUUUUCGGUCCUCCAAAGCUCCACCAGGGUCUCCAUGAGGAAAGGGACCUGGUCCUGACCAUCGCUCAGUGUGGCCUGGAUAGCCAAGACCCAGUACAUGGCCGAAUCCUCCAGACCAUCUACAAGAAGCUGACUGGCUCCAAGUUUGACUGUGCCCUCCACGGAGACCACUGGGAAGAUCUUGGCUUUCAAGGAGCAAAUCCAGCCACAGACCUGAGAGGGGCAGGCUUCCUUGCCCUCCUGCACCUGUUGUACCUGGUGAUGGACUCCAAGACCUUGCUGAUGGCACAAGAGAUUUUCCAACUGUCUCGUCACCAUAUCCAGCAAUUCCCCUUCUGUCUGAUGUCAGUGAAUAUCACCCGCAUCGCCAUCCAGGCCUUAAGGGAGGAGUGUCUCACCAGGGAGUGUAAUCGGCAGCAAAAGGUAAUCCCAGUGGUGAACAGCUUCUACGCGGCCACUUUCCUCCGCCUUGCCCAUGUCUGGAGGACACAGCAGAAAACCAUCUCAGACUCAGGCUUCGUCCUCAAAGACUUGGAAGCGUUGGCCAAGAAGAACCCAAGACGGCUGCUCAAGACCCUGGAGAUCUACUUGGCUAGGGUGUCAAAGGGACAGGCCUCGUUGUUGGGUACACUGAAGUGCUAUGGGCCCCAAACCCCUCACUCCAAGGAUCUCACCUUCACAGGUGUGUGUGACCUGUCACUGCACUCAUCCGAAGGCGCAUGGCCAAUCUGACCAACCCCAGAGGCUGACUGAUGGAAAGACUUAAAGGGGGGCCACGGGGGCCUUCAGAGAGUCCGCAGGAGGCUGUGUCGGGGCCACUCUGGCUGGGCCAACACCUUUCUGUCUCAGCAGGUAGUGUAGGAAGCUCCUGGUCCUGGUUGGGGAAAGCCAAGGACCCUCUCCUACAUGAAACAUUAGAUGGGUUAGGCUUGACUCACUCCCUGCAGAGCUGUCUCCAGAGCAAGGAGAAUUUUGCCUUAAGCUUAACUAUACUGGUUUACAGAGUUAGGUCCCAGUUUAUCUCAAUGGAAAAACCCUAUCUGGAUGUUCCCCAUAUCCCCACGUUGAAGGAUAUCAUCAGCAGAGAAAACCAGAAUUCUGACUCCCUGGGCAGCAGGACUUCUACAGGCCUGGGAGACUGUGUGGUUAGAGUAGAAGAGAGAAGAUAGCAGUGGCAGCAGCCAGCAGGGGGCAGCAUGAACCAAA